AUGGACAGGGAUGCUUACCGCAACUGUUGCAGUCUGGUAAAAAUCCCUCGACAGUCUUAUGAUCAGUUCUGUUCAUCACAUUUCGUAGACUACAUCGACAAGGAUCUGUCUUACUCCAAAUUUUUUAAAAAGUACCUCCUUCCCAAUCAUCCUUGUGUCUUUUCCAAACGAUUCACCGAGGAGUGGAAGUGUAGGAAACAGUGGGUGACCGAGGAUGGCAAGCCACACUUCCAGAAGUUGCUGCAAGAAUUUGGAGAGACUCCUGUACCUGUUGCCAACUGUAAUGCAAAGGAAUACAAUGCAAACCCCAAACAAGUGAUUCCUUUCAAGGAGUUCAUCCAGUACUGGAAGGAGCACAUACAGAAUGGACACUCGUCCCCUAAAGGAUGCCUCUAUCUUAAAGACUGGCAUAUGUCCAGGGACUUUCCGGAGCAUCAAGUUUACACCACUCCUAUUGUCUUUACCUCUGAUUGGCUGAAUGAAUACUGGGAUGCACUUGAAGUGGAUGACUACCGCUUUGUUUACAUGGGGCCCAAAGGAUCAUGGACGCCGUUCCAUGCCGAUGUCUUCCGCUCAUACAGUUGGUCGGCAAACAUCUGUGGCAGGAAGAAGUGGCUACUGUAUCCUCCGGGCCAGGAGGAGUUCCUAAGAGACACCCAUGGCAACCUCCCCUAUGAUGUCACCUCAGCCGAGCUUCGUGACCGGAGUCUUUUCCCGCGUUUCCUGGAGGCCUGCCAGCCACUCGAGAUCAUUCAGGAAGCAGGGGAGAUCAUUUUUGUACCAAGCGGUUGGCACCAUCAGGUUUAUAAUCUGGAGGACACCAUCUCCAUCAAUCACAACUGGUUAAACGGCUGCAACGUGGACAUCAUGUGGCAGUUCCUUCAGACCGAGCUGUCGUCAGUCCAGAAAGAGAUCGAUGAGUGGAGAAACACCAUGGAUUCAUGGCAUCAGCACUGUCAGGUCAUAAUGAAGGCGUGCUCUGGCAUUGAUUACGGGGAGUUUGCGUCAUUCCUCAAAAUCGUGGCGGACAACCGAAUGACUUUCUUGAACGCUCGCCCCUCCGGGGAUUCUGACGACUUCCCGCGCAACCCUUCGGAGGCGCUCGUCACCCUGGGACCCUACCACGCUGCCUUUGAUUUGCAAAGGGUGGCCCACAUUUUGGAGCUCUUGCUGUGCGACGAGGACUUCAAGCGACUAGACCACUCGGCAUCUACCGUUCAGCCUGAAAUGCUGUUGCAGAAAAUUCGGGACACCAUACAAACCACUAGAGGGCAACAUCUUCUUUAUCAAGACUAA